AUGGGGAAGAAAGAGAAGUAUUUAUACUUUUCGGGAAAGGGUGAGGCCUUUGAAGAAGCAAUUGCUGCACUGGAUACGCUGGGAGAGGAAUCAUACAAGGACAGCACUUUAAUCAUGCAACUUCUGAGGGACAACCUCACUCUUUGGACUUCAGAUUUGCAGGAGCAAAUGGACGAGGCUUAACCACUGGAUUGUUGUGCUCCUUGAGGGAGGUGGGCUUGAAUGUCAUAAAUAUUCUAUAAUCUGCAGGCACUUCUGUGUAUUACUUUAGUUUCUAAUGUGCAUACCAUAUGCUCAUCAGCUCAUGUUGACAU